AAGCGUGCACGGUAUUGCGCGGCUUCUCGCGAGAUCUCAGCGCGGCCGCUGCGGGUGAGCUGGUUGUGCAUUGCUGGUGACUGAGUAGAACGGGAUGUCGGAGACCGACCCUAAAACCGUUCAGGACCUGACCGAGGUGGUCCAGAAUUUGCUUCAACAAAUGCAGGACAAGUUCCAGACCAUGUCCGAUCAGAUUAUUGGGAGAAUUGAUGAUAUGAGCACUCGCAUCGACGACCUGGAGAAAAACAUCGCUGAUCUCAUGACGCAGGCAGGGGUGGAGGAAGAGGAAGGUGCAAACAAGGCCGCCAAAUAGUGAUCAGAGCGGACUCGGGGUUUAUAUCGGCACACCGGAGAACCGGAUCACUUUUCCAAGUGUAAAAUGUCAGCAAAUCUUUUUUUUUUUUGUAAUACUAUUGUGAUAGUUCUAAUUUCUAACCAUAUUGUAUAUUUAGAUUGUUUUGUAUUCUAUGACUACCUGUGACUUCAUUUAUGUUUUUCACAUCUGCGGGAAAAUAAAUGUAAAAAAAAUGUUUGACUUUCUGUUUCUUAAAGCAGUGUUAAAUAAACAAGCGUCACACAA